AUUCGUUAUCAGACAACUGGAGGAAAACAGAAAAGUCGAGAAAUUAGGAAAUGCAGUAAAAAAUUACGUUUUUCCUAAUCCGGAAAAAGAAAAUUAGUACAUAGAAAGAAAUUGAAUUGGUUUUCGUAUGUGCUAGUACAUUAACUGGUAGUUGGUGUGUAUUGCAACAAUGAUAGAGAUGUUCUUUAUCUCCGCAUAAAAUGGGGUAAGAUAGCUCGACGUUUUUUCACUUUUUGAAAACUCUGCAACCUCAACAACAUACAUAAGUAUAACUUGAAAAUCCAGAGAAAUAUCAAUGGUGUGGAUGGAUUAUUCCCUUAUCUACAAAGUAAUUCUUCUCACAAGUUUAUGGAAUACUGUGGGAUUCUUCGGCUCCAAAACUUUAUCGAUUUGCUUUUCGAAAUUCAGAGUCGCUGAUAAACGAUGGAGUUUCAUCACCACAAAUCUGUUGCGUUGUUCCGGAUACAUUUUCUGUUCGGUUGUAUUAGCAUUGAAUUUAGCCACUGUAUCCCGAGUGAACUUCUGGAAAAUCCUUUUAAAUCCGGAGUUUCAUUCUGCCAGUGUACUGACGGAGUACAAUGAGAAUUUCUUACUCGUGGAAGAUAUCUUCGUUUUCGUUCUUUCAUUUUUUCUAACGCAUUUACACGAAGUGAUCUCAUUAAGUAAUAUAAAAUCUUCAGAGCUUAGACGAAGCAUCCUUCUGACAUUGUUUUUCUUGAGCGGAUAUUGUUGCAAGUUUUUAGGAGUAAUUUUUCUCGUUGGAGCAAUAUCCAGUGUUUCGCUCGCAUUUCAAUCCGCAGGUCGCUUAUUUUAUUCGAAUAAAAAAAGUCGAAUGAGUGUGAUCCACGUAGCUAAAAAUCUACCGAUGAUAUUAUUGUUUGUAAUAUGGAUGUAUCUGUAUGGAUAUUUGAUUCCCAUUUAUUGUUUAUACCCAGUAAUGUUGAAGGACACAACCAGCGUUGAAAAUAGAUUCUGUUUCAAUGUAUUCAAAGGAUCAUUCGCGUGUUAUUAUUUUGCUGAAAUUUUCAACUCGAUAUUCGUGCAAAAUAUUUAUUCGUUUUUGAAAAAAUUUAUGAAAUCAUUUGCGAAGCUUUUCAAAGCAGUUCGCCGACAGUAUUCGAAUUCACCCAGUAACUCAAAAUCACAGUUAGACGAAAAAGAAGAAACGAUAAAAAUGUACACUGGGCAAAGUAAAUCGUUUCAAGAAAUCAAAAGACAGAUGGAAUUGAUGCAAAUGGUCAAAUGUGUGGUAGCAAUACGAAAAAAACUGAAGAGGGCGAAAGAAAAUAAAGAAAAGUUGCAGUCGAAGCAUGAGAAAAAUGAAACGCAUCAUUAAUAGUGUUUUACUAGUCAGUACAAGGCUUAUUUUAUUUUUACUAAAGUAUAGAUGUUUACCUUAUCUAUAUUUCCUCUUUUUUAUUUGUAUGUAACUAUAAGCGUUAAUGAAUAUUUUACCAUUGCUCAAAUUUUAAAUUCAUUGUACCUAUUUGUUUUUGUUUUCGAAGUACGUACCUAUUAUAAAAGAUAGUUAUUUUACAGUAUCCACAAUGCCACAUUGAAUCUCGGUUCAAUGAGGAAAAUUUAAAAAAUUAUUUUCAGUUUUUCAACAAAUCAAUGAAUUAUUUUCCCAAGCGAUAUAAUAUUAUGUAGUUUUCCUAUUAUACAGAACCCCGUUGAGACUAGUCAAGUGUACUUGAGUAAAGGUAUUUAAAGUGGCUAAAGAAAUAAGCUCGUGAAAAAAGUUUGGCCCAGCAGCUUUUUAAGAACUGAAAAAUUCAUAUUCCUUAAAAUAUUUUCCUUGUUGAAAAUAUAAAGGAAAAAGGAUACAAAAAAUGUCAUUUGAAAUGACUUGAUUCAAGUACAUAAUAAGAGUUAAUUGGUCGAUGAUUGCAGUCAAUUUAUAUUCAUCCCAUUCAUUACAGAAGAAAGUGCAUUUAGAAAUCGUGUAAGCUUUUUUUUUAAUUUUUGAAGUUUGCUUUGUGCAGAAGAAAAAUUACUAAAAUUUGUAAUGCUCGGUGAUACUGAGGUGUGAUAGUUACUUAAAAUUAUUUACGUAUUGUAAGAUUUUCUUUUUCCUAUUUUAAUUGUUAUCUUUUCAUUUAUUCAAGUAUUUCGAGUGUUUCAUUUUGUUGUUAUUUUUAAUUUUUUCGGCAGCAAAGUCACGUCAGUUUUUCAUUUAGUCAAAACACCCUGCCACAUUUUGAAAAAUAUCUUCAAUAUUAAGCCCACUUGAAAUACAAUUUUUAUCGCAUAUAAGCAAGUUUGUCGAUGAUUUUUUUUUUUUAAAUUCAUUUUUCCUUUUCCUUUUAAAUUGGAAUUAUUUUGCUAUUUUAUUGAACUUAAUGUGUGGAAUGCAGUUUAAUUGUAUUCGAUUUGCAUUAUCAAAAUGUAAACUUCCUGCCUCUCGUUGAUAACGAUCUUACAUUUUAAAACAUUAGUCCAUUAUUUCUGGUUUUAUCUCAUUUUGCGGCUACAGAAGUGUUUUGUGGAAGUGUCGCGACGCAGAUGAGUGUACUACAUGAUGUAUUUUAAACAGGCAUCUGUAGAGAAUAGGAGAGUGAGCUACGGUAGCUAGCAUCGUGGUGAAAACAAAAAUAGAUUUCAUUUCUCCGAUAAAAAAGCCAUUUUACUUGUUGAUUUUUUUCUUUUUAUGACGAUGUUUGGUUGUAAGUUCGCGAUAAUAAUUGAUUCGCAUUGUGCUUAAAGUUUCGGUGUUAUCUACAGAUUCGAACGAAUAUUUUAAUUUGUUUUUACGUACGAAUACAUUCGCUUUGACCUACCAACCACAGUUGUAUUAGGUAAAGGAUUAAAAUGGUGGUUAUUUGUGAAAUUUUUCACGAAUUUUUGUAGUAGGGAUGAAGACACUAGACACGGUUCACAUAAACAUUGUCGACAGACGGAGAUAUAGGCUUCAUCAUUGAGUAAUUUUUUGAUGACGAACCGUGUUCAUGCACUUUGGACUUUCUGUAUAGAUUUUCAUUGAUUCAUAAUACACGCUGUGCAUGCGGUUGCCGGGGCUGGUGGUAUUGAUACUAUUCCUAUACGCUUAUAUAUCUGCUGCAAUAAAUUGAGUUUUGUAGGUAUAAAUAUUCAAGAAAGCAGCAAUGAUGAUCACGAUGAGGAAAGUGCAGUUCUGUAUCGUGUUUUACUUCCUUUGCGAAGUGAACGCCUUAUUUUAUAAAAAAAUAUCCCAUCAAGAUUUGACAGAGGAAGAUACGACCAAUUUCACCGAUGUUUUUAUUCGCGAUUUGGAAAACUCGAUCGUUAUCGCCGAAGACCAAGUACAUAAGCUGGCCACUUUCGAAAUGAAUAUUCAAACAUCUGGCUUACGAACAGAAAGAGUUUCCCCUUCGCAUGGUCAAAUGGUGGAUUUUUUGCCCUCAGAUGAAGCGAUAAACAACACGAAAAGCGCUUUUAUUGCCAUCAAAGCGUCUCAGUAUUUAACAUCGAAGCAUUGCAGCAGGUUAUCAGUUAAGAAAAAAGAAUGCACGGAGCAAUUAAGUUCCAUCAAAUUAUUCGGCACUAAAUUAGGCGAAGUUUGCUCGGAUAUUUACAAAAAUAUAAAGUGCGAUGCGAAUACGACAAAGUAUCGAAAUUUGGACGGCUCGUGUAAUAAUCUUAAAACCCCAUUUUGGGGCAGGAGCAACACUGCUUAUAGAAGAUUGCUGAAAGCUGAUUACGAUGAUGGUUUAUAUGCGCUUUGUGGCACCACGAAUGGCGGAAAAGAACUACCCAGCGCUAGAUUAAUUAGUACAACUUUGGCCGAACCUACUGAAAUGUUGGAUUUCAGUCACACUCAAGCUAUGGCUAUUUGGGGACUGUUUAUAGGACACGAUAUGAGUUACACUCCUGCUUCGAAUAUGGUAAAUAUCAAGACUCCGAUUACUUGUUGCACAAAUGAUGGAAGACCACUACCUCCGCGAUACAAUCACAUUUCAUGUGCGCCGAUAACCAUACCACACACUGACAUAUUUUAUAACAAAUUUUUUCAAUCUUGUAUGAAUUACGUCAGAUCACUACCCGCCAUGAGACCCGAAUGUACUUUAGGGCCCACUGAACAGAUGAAUCAAGCCUCACAUUUUCUCGACGGUAGCGUAAUUUAUGGUUCAACUGAAGCCAAAGCUAAAUCUCUGCGAUCUAUGUGGGGUGGAAGGCUUAUAACAUCGAUGCAGAAAAAUGGUGCUGAAUAUCCUCCAUUGUCAGAUCGAAAUAAAAUAGCUUGCCAUCUACUAAAUAAUUCCAAUUGUUAUAAUGCCGGUGACAUGAGAGUGAAUUCGCAUCCUCAAUUAAGUGUACUUCACACGUUAUUCAUUCGAGAACACAAUCGAAUCGCUGAUACUUUGGCCACAUUGAAUAAUCACUGGGACGACGAACUUUUAUUUCAAGAGACUAAAAAGAUAGUAAUUGCUGAGAUUCAGCAUAUCACCUACACUCAAUGGUUGCCUCGAAUUUUAGGUAAAAAAUAUUUCGCCCAUCAUAUCAAAAUUUCACACCUCGAAUCAGAAGAUUUGUACAACGAUCAAGUUGAACCAACAGUUAGUAAUUCGUUCGCAACAGCCGCACUCCCAUUUAUAAAUUCCAUGUUGGAUGGCGAAAUUGGGUUAUAUUUGGAAGAUCGUAAUGUAAUGGAUAUUACUCAGUUGAAAAACCAUUUCACUCAGCAAUCGCUUUUGACUGAAAAUACGUAUUUCGAUAGUAUAGUUCGAGGCUUGGCAACUCAAAGUUCUCAAAAAAUUGAUACAACUUUUUCUGAAGCAGUGACUCAUUAUUGGUACAGUUCAUCGGGAAAUUUUGGAAUGGACUUGUUCAGUUUGGACAUUCAAAGAGGUCGAGAUCACGGUAUACCCAGCUACGUGAAUUUUAGAAAAAUUUGCAACUUGACCGAGCCAAAUUCAUUCAAGGAUCUUCGUGGCAUCAUCUCUCAAGGUGUCAUCACUCGUUUGGAGAAAGUGUAUCGAAAAGUCAAUGAUGUAGAUUUGAUCGUUGGUGCAAUCGCCGAACAUCCACUGAAAGAUGCCAUGGUUGGGCCCACAUUGCAGUGCAUUAUUAGUGAACAAUUUUCAAGAUCGAGAAUAGCGGAUAGAUUUUUUUACGACAACACCGGGCAAUCCGGAUCAUUUUCUAAAGCCCAAUUGGAACAGAUACGUAGAUCCAAUCUUGCGAGGAUAUUUUGCGACAAUGGUAAUAACGUAACGUGGAUGCAAAAAGAUGUUUUUCAAGUUCCCGAUGAAAUAAGAAAUAACUUAUUGAACUGUCGAGAAACUGCCAUACCAUUCGUGAAUCUAUCGGUUUGGAAAGAAGAAAAAGAUGAUGAACGAUGAGUGAAUAUAUACGCAUUUAAUUUGAGGUUUUAUAUAAAUUUAUGGGUAGCAUUAUUUAGUUUUGCUUCGAUACAAUGUGACGAGAUUAAUUAAAUGUUCUAAAAUGUU